ACAAGUGUUGUGACCGGGGUGGACUGUUAUUGUCACGGUGUGCGCAGCCAAUACUACCGUCGGAGCAUUUUGCGGGGACAAAGGCAAAACGCAGAGACAUCCUGCCGAAAUGGGGAAGGUGGAAGGAGGAAUGAAAUGUGUGAAAUACCUUUUGUUCGUGUUCAACUUUACAUUCUGGUUGAUGGGAUCCUUUGUUCUGGCAGUGGGACUGUGGCUGCGUUUUGACCCAGAAACUGUGUCCCUGCUCAAUGGUGAUAAGGCUCCAGACACUUUCUUCAUUGGCGUGUAUAUCCUGAUAGGUGCUGGCAGUCUGGUGAUGUUGGUUGGUUUCUUUGGUUGCUGUGGAGCUGUUCGGGAAUCUCAAUGCCUGCUGGGUUCAUUUUUUGCCUGUCUGUUGAUCAUCUUUGGUGCUGAGGUGGCCGCAGGGGUCUUUGGAUUCUUAAACAAAGACAAGAUUAUCGAAGAUGUUCAGAACUUCUACGCAACGACCUACAAUGAAAACAAUAACGGCACAUUGAUCAUCUCCUACCAGAAAGUACUGAACUGUUGUGGAACCAUAGCAAACCCCUGCCCUGAUCUCAAACCAGACACUACGGACUGUGAGACAGGCAUCAAGAACUUCUUCAACAGUAAACUCUACAUCAUUGGGUACGUGGGCAUCGGCAUUGCCGGAGUCAUGAUCAUUGGGAUGAUCUUCAGUAUGGUGCUCUGUUGUGCCAUUCGCAACAGCAGGGAGGUCAUUUAACCUGGAUCCUUGACCUCUACCCCUCACAUCUCCUGUACCCUGCCCCGAAAGACUGCACAGCUUUCAGUCAAAUGUCAACCAUCAUCCAUCCAGUGAACCAGGAAGAGACCAUGUUAGAAAAGUUCCUUCCCACUAUGGUGCUCAACCCAGCUCUCCUGGCCUGAUCUUCCACUAUUUUCUCUGCAUUUGUCUUUAUUUAUUUGCAGCAUACCCUACAUUUCAUAACAUACUGAUAAGACUUGGACCAUUCACAUUUCCUGUGGGAACAGUAACAUUUCUGAUGUUGAAACAACAAUAUGUCAAAUAGUUUUUUCCUCAUGGCCAUUUGGCUACCACUAAAAAUUUUAACCCACAUACUGUCACAGAAGUGUCAAUGCUUUUUCACACAGCCUUGACACUGACCCCUUGGCUCUGGGAAACUUUAGCCUGCGAGAGAGCAAUCUGGGGUGAAAGCAGCUGAGUUCGCUUAUCUGUGCAGUGUGCACACAAAUGAACACACACACACACCCACACACACACACACACAAACGCGCACAGACAGAGAAGCUCAGCAAUGUUGUGUUAUACGAGACCAUAGCCUUAAAAAAAAGGUUGUCUGGAAUCUCAUACGGAAUCCUGAUUGGUGGAAUCAGAGUGGGCUGUCAAGAGAGGGAACGGCCAGUGAAUGUUUUGAGAAUACAUCCAUCAUGCAGCCCCAGCGCUCUUACUCACACACAUACAGAAAACACAUAAGCUAUGAACUGUACAAUCAACACAAACCACUCUCUACAAGAACAAUCUGCAGUUAUUUUAAAGGAACAGUGUAACAUUUUCGGGAAUACGCCUUUUCACUUUCUUGUCUGUGCAGUAAAUAUGCACGUAAAGCUAACAACAGGUGAGUUUAGUUUAGCUUAGCAUAAAGACUAAAUAGCUAUUCUGCAUUUGUUCCCAGGAGACACCUGGUAGUUGGUAGAUGGAUUUUGUAACCUUAUGACCUUUUUCUGCAGAUUUUGUUACCUUUGGACAGAGCCAGCCUAGCUGUUUCACUUGUUUCCAAUCCUCAUGCUAAGCCAACCGGCUGCUCUCUUACGUAAGAGAAAUCCCUCUAUGAGUCUCGACUGUAUGUCAAGACGAUCAUGAGGACAUGUUUACAGGCUAAACAUACACUAGACAGUCGACUGAGAAUAGGCACCGGGGCUGUGAGAAUCAGUUAUCCAAGCAAGGCCUUUGAUCUCUUCCCACUUCCACCUUUCAACCCCUCUGUGCCUUAAAAGUGCAUCAUCCACAACAAAAGAAAAACUGGGAAACGACCCCUCGAUUCCCCUCACCUCAUCAACCCCAUCAGAUAAGAGGGUUGGGAAGACAUAAAUGGAAGAUUAAUCACUUCCACUUAGGAAGGUAUAUUCAGGCCACUGUUCAUUCUUUAGGGUUUAUUCCAAGUGUCAGGACUCUGGUAUGUAAAUAUGUGUGAGUUUUCUUGUAGUUGUCCAUUAUUUUUGGCUGAUGUGUUACUAUUUAACAUGCCGUGUGUAGACAAAGGCUUGCAGUAGUUGUACAGUGUUGUAGUCGUGACGGUGUUUGCAAUAGUCAAAGCAAAUCCAAACUAAAACAGCUUCUUAACGUGCCUUUCUUUCAUACCAAGCUAUUUUUGAACAACAUGUAGCAAAAGAACGUAGUGUGUGUACAUAAAGUUUUGUAGAGUUGGACUGCAAUUAAUUGUCACACAUUCAACCAGUAGCGCAUAUGGCUAGACCUGCCAUUAUUUUUUAGGUGAUUUUUGAAAGUGUUGCACUCGACUGUCAUCUCUGCCAAGAAAGCGAAAUGAUGAAAGCAACAACUGUUUGUCAGCCAACAAUUUCAAAAGCCUCUUGGUACUAAAAAAAUCUGUUCUGAGGAGCUAACCCAAUGAUCUUUAUGGUGUUUAUGUUCAAAUGAUCAAGCUACGUGGAAGACUUUUCACAUUUCAGUGUAAUGAGACAUGUGAGGAGACAACAAAUGCUUACUUACCACUUCAUGUUGUUGGGACUGUCACUUAAGAGGAGAUCAACUGGGAACAGUUUCACGCAGCUCCAUCCACAAAGCUGUAGUGUUCCUCUGUUGUUUGAGCAAAUCUGAAGAUGUAAUGUACUGUGCACAUAAAAAGACACUGUGUACACAGUAGAGCCUUUCGUAGUUGAUUGUGUGUUAAUUUAUUUUAAUACCAUUCCAGGCUUCUCAGGAAGAUAGGUGUUUGAAGUUUAAUAAAGCUGUUAAGUUUUA